UCAAACAACCUGAAACCACAACAAACACACUAGCUGAGGUUUAACACUGUUAAUGACGGAAGAAGGCUAAGAAGAACAACCUUCAGAAACAGACGCAGACACAAAGCCGAGCAACAGAUUCACCUUAGAAACAAUGUAGGUGAAAAGCACCCGUGAUACAAGGAUUUGAAGAUACUAGUUAGGAAGGUACAAGAAAAGAGAAACAGAGAUGAUUAUCCAGGCCACUAUUCUGAUAUUGAUUUGUGUCAAUGUCAUUGGCACCACAAACGGGACUGAGAUGAAUUGUGUUCCGUUGAUCAGAGUGCCACGAAACAGCGUGUUUAGAGCUCCUGUUAUGACCAAGUUGAAGAUAAACUGUACUAUAACUCUAGAUGGAUGUCACAGGAACCCAAGAGUCUCAUGGUGCAAACUCAAUGGAAGUGACUGUAAAGCUUUAAAUUACUCACAUCACAUAAGAACUGAGUGGAAGGACAUCAAAAAACAUGAAUGGAUGGCUUUCCUGAUUUUCCUGAACAUCUCAAUGGAGGACACAGGUCUCUACAGAUGUAAAGAAGGUGACACAUCUGUAAGCCAUGCUAUUAAUGUCACUGUGACAGAUAAAUAUAAGGAUGAGGUGUCACGCAAUCAAAGCAACACACAUCAGGGCAUGAACAUUACAAUUCAUGACAUUACUGGUGCAGAUGAUGAUCUUAAGUGGCUCGGGCCAUAUGUGUACAUCUGCAGUGGAGUGGGGCUGGUCUUCAUAGUUAUGACUGUAUCAUUUCUUUAUGUCAUUAGACACCAAGGAACAAAAUCUACAAGAAAAGAUAAGGCAAAUAAAAAUCAGUACAUGGAUACACACAAAAAAGACCUGCUUCUUCCUCCCCAUCUCUAUCUGAACUCAGACCUGCUGACUUCUGUUGUAUACCGUGUUUAAGAAACUACAUUGUCAGAAAUAAAGUACAAAGCUGUCACUGGGGUGGUGCCCUAAGAUACAAAAGCUAAAAUGUACAUAUUUUUACUCUUUUUCCACAUAAAUGGUACAUAUACUUUAAAGGUACACAUUAGUACUUUAAACAUACAUAUUAGUACCUUCAUAAAGGAUACUUCUCCAGUAACAUUUUUUUUUUUUUUGUACCAGUGUACUUAUGAUAUG